UUCAUCCCCUAUCGACUGGCCGUCCCGAGAGUGCAGAUGUUCGCUUUCGGGACAGUACGUGGAGCGUGUCUUUUAGGUCGCCGCGUCCCAACGGUCGGUCGGGUUUGACCGCUGCGUGUUUCUCUUCAACAGCUCGACAAUGCCAGCGACAUUCAGUGCCGGAGUCGUAACGUUCUUCCUCCUAGCUUCGUUAACAGCGUGCUGCUGCAAAGGUACCCAAGAGGAGUCCCUGCUUGCCAAGGUCGAACACGCUGACACCGACAACGUGACAACGGCUGGAGUCGCCGGGGCCGUGACGACACCGGAACCCAGAAAUGACACAAGGAUCGAAGUGACGUCACAAGCGAACAGUGUUCGAGGCGGCAGUGCAUCCGUUCCGAAGGUGUCGUCGUCCGGAUGGGACACAGUGUACAAACUGCUGUACGAAACGUUCAGCUACCCGGAGGCAAAAGAACUGGAGGCCCUGCUCCCGCUGCCGAGCACCUACCUGACCCGGAAGCAGCGACGAGACAGGAAAGACGACGGCCGGAAAAAGGAACAGCAGCACGCCACGAGGGAGCUGACGUACAGGACGGUGGGCAAUGACGACGGCAGCGGUGACCACCCGAGUGACCCCAAGGACGGCGGCGCCUACGACGAGGGCGGGGAUCCUGGCAGCAGCGAGAGCAGCAGCCAGAGCGAGGAGGAGGAAGAGGUUGAGGAGGCGCGCGAAUCCGGGGAUCCGUACGACGAGGACGACGACGACGACGACUCGGAAAUGGCCGACGACGUCGUCAAACAGAAGACCGCCUCCUCUUCGACGGCCGCGCCGUCCUCCUCCAAGGCGCACCGACGCAAGGAGAGGUCGGUGCCUGCGACCGGAACCCUGCUUCCGCCUCCCAGGCCGUGGAGAGAGCGCGGGAAGGACUUCGGCCUGCCAGUGCCCGAGGACCGUUGGUCAAAGCACGUGGCGGCCAAGCGACGCGAAGCGCAACUCAUCCGCCGAAGCCUGCAGGACCAGCUCAGGAUGAAAGCGCUGCAGUGGAGGCAGAAGGAGAACCACUUCCGCCAGCGUUACAAGCCGGCAGUGGCAACUGGAACCAUCUAACCGCUCACACGCUUCUGCGUUUAAACUUUGGACUGAGCCCAGGUACACCCAAAAGGAUGCAGAAACGAUGCUGCUGACAACCUUUUGACACCCUCAAAGCAGCACACCAUCACUCUUAAAAAACAUCGCAUCCGUCUGAGCACACUUUUGUCACAAAUUUGCAAUCGUGACAACUCAUUUGCAGGCUUUGUUUUUUCUUUGCCACAACAUGUCGUGUCCAUCCCCAAAAAAGGGUAUUAUGGUAUACUUGCCAUGACAUAUUGCUAUGCGAUGCUGUGGUCCGACUUUUAGCUCCUUUUUGCCUUCACCAAGUGUAGGGCUGCUAUUUCUCGAGUGAAGUACAUGCUACAUUUCAAUGUUCCUGCAACUCCAAUGAUAAGGAGUUGCCUGAAAUACACAGAUGCUCAGUGCCUGCAAAUAGACACUGAAAGUGCUUAGUCAUAAAAUUUCAGCUCGGGGAUACAGUCUGUAGAGAGAGAGAGAGAAAUGGGGUGGGCAAGGCAAGGAGGUUAACCGGAAUACACUCUAGUUUGCUACCCUGCACUGGCUAGGGCAAAGGUAAGGGUGAAGUAACGGUGCAGCUGAUGUAAAUAACAUACAGCAUGGGCAUCUGAUGGAUCAGCAUCCAGCAGGAAAGGUAAAUGAAAGGAAAUGUCCCUAGAUUGACGAUUUUUGUUGUGUGACAAAAGAGCACCCCUCACUAACACAUGGUGCACAUCUUUUUAGAGCACAGAAAUUCUACGGCACAGAGGGAAUUGUAGUGCACCUUUCAUCAUCAAGAAAGGGUGAUGUGGUAAUGGUGUCAUUACGGGAGGCCUGGCAGCCUGAGUGCCAUGCUUUGGUAGGUGUUGGCACGAACAUUCAGGUGGCACAAAAUUGCACAUAGAACACAAAGUAGAGCAUACCUCAUGGCUAGUCAAAUUCCCAUGCAAAGCAUGCAAAUGUAGAAUGUGCUUUUUAACAGCUUCUGAAGAAUGCCUUGAUGCAGUCCCAGCAGUGCACAGAUAUAUAAAAGCAUGACUGUUUAAAUUUCUGUAUGCAAUAACAGCAACUUGGUUACAGUUGCCUAGCAGGAAACUGCACGAGGCCUAGGCUUCAAGCACCCAUGCACUAAAGCUUGUGUUCUGGGUGGCGAGAGAUGGCGCGCCUAACUGCCAUCCAGGAUAACACAAAUCCUUGUACAGUCGAAGCUCGAUAUAACAAACAUUUAUAUGGUUAAUUAUGGCAUAUAAUGAAGUAAAUUAUAAAAUAUUAUUGCCUCAAGUUGGCAUAUAGCAAAUGUAUAUGCUAACGUCCAAUAUCGGAUAUGAAAGUCUCUUCUUUUUUGUGUUGGAUGUGGCUCUGUUAGAAUUGAGGUUCAACUAUAGCACUUUUGACUCCUGUCCUGUGCAAGCAUCUAUUGAAGUCAUCUUCAAGUGUACACUUCGUUUUCAGCAAAGCUCUUUGUAUAUUUGUCAAGUGCAGUGGUGAGGGACUGGAGUGUUCAUCCUAAGAUCGUCGCACCUUUCACAGGCACAUUGCCAUUACCUCAUGGUAACGUGAUUCAGUGCAAGUCGCUAUCGCUUGUGUAGUUAUGUGUGCACAUAAGCAUUGCCGAUAGAAAACAAACGUGCAUGCACUGUUACGUAAAAAGUGGUCGUGGUUAUUGCUGUGUGAUAAACGUACCCGCCGAAAGAUAGCAAUGCUAAACACAUUCUAGCAUAGACGUACCUUUGUCUAGCAUAAAUAACCAUCACUAUUCUUAACCACUUUUUUCCUUUCACUAGCAGUUUAUGUGGACUUCGGACUAUUUUUUUAAUGCUAUGUAAUAAUGGCAACUACGUCUAAUAUGCAACCAUACCUUUGGUGGGGUGUUGGAGCAUCUGUUCGGCCUAUGCCAGAAGUCAAGAUUGAAAUGCAUUCUUCGCACUAGUGAACCAUGCCACUACAAAGGAAGGAAGUGCUUUAGAAGCCUUCCUCUGCACUCUCUUGUAGGCUGGCAUAUUGGCACAGACAUACACCACUGGCCCGCCAAUUUGGCCACUGAUGCUUGGAAAGGAUCGCAAAGGGCUUAAUUAACAAUCAUUGGGACAUACACUGAGAGAAACUGAGGAUCGAGGUGCUGCACCAUCAAAGUGUAAACACAAUCUGACAGCAGCACUUGUUAAACUGUUACCUCAUUAAACUGCGGUUCCUGUGAAGGCUACAUUUUGUAACAGUGUCCACCUUGUCUAACUAGUGGUAGCACAAUCCGCAAAACAAUAUGGAUAUUGCGUAAUCGUGCACAGGCUACACUCAGACGCACUUAGCAAUGGAGCACCACGUUCUGCACAGCUGCACGCAAUACACAUACCUUGUUUGCCACAUGUGGCCAGUCAGCUGCCACGUUGCACAAAACAUGUUUGCACAAAACACAAGCAUGGUAACUCAAACUUUUUAAAAAUUUAUUCAUGGAGUUAAACAUCCCAAAGCAAGAGAGGGGCUACAAAGGACACCAGAGUGGUGGAAUAACUUGUACUAUCUGGAUUCUUUAACGAUUUUGCAAAGCUCUGU